UCAAACCUCGCAGAAGGAAAUCCACCUUAUAUGCUCGUGUUGCAGCAUGCUUGUGUUUGUAGAUUGCUUCAUUUUAAAGGGUUUUCUGGUGAAUGAUUACUUCUUAAUCAUGAGGACAUGAGUUCAUCUGUUGGAUUUUCAGCGCAAGUGUUUGGAUUUCUGUUUGUUUGUUUUUGUUUACUUUGGUCGCGAUCGGUUUGAUCUUAUUAAAAAGUUCACUUGUCAAACGGAGAUGUUGGACACCCAGCGAUAAACAUCUGACAAUUUAUUUUAAAAAUCUGAGUUCUGAUGGAGCAGAUGGCGUAUUCAUGACAGAAAACGUCUUUGCAAGUUUGUAAACAGCGAAACUGGGAACCCACCUGAACCCGAUGAACGACCCGGUGGAUCGAUGUCCCGUUAUACGCUCUUACAGCAUCUUGCAGAAGUGCCUUCUCGUGUUACUGGAGCUCUAAAAGCAGAGCCUGCCUGUACUAAAGCGGUCAUGUGUUCAGUGUUUUCUCUUCAGGACUGGUGUCGAGGUGUUUGUGAAGGUUACAGUGAUGUCCAGAUCUCAGACAUGAGCUCCUCGUUCACUGAUGGACUGGCCUUCUGUGCGAUCAUCCACAAACACAGACCGGACCUACUAGAUUUCCACUCUCUGUCCAAACACAAGGCCGGAGCGAACAUGCGUCUGGCGUUCAGUGUUGCGGAGCGUGAGCUGGGUGUUCCUGCUCUUCUGGAUCCGGAUGAGCUGCUGUGUGAGGAGCCGGAUCUGCUGUCCAUCAUCACGUACGUCUCUCAGCUCUACUGUGUGUUCAGUGGAAGAUCUGAUGACACUCAGAAGAACCACAUGGAGGAUGAACCUUACAGAACCAGAGCAAACACUUGGUUGUUCUCUUCAGAUGUGAUCAGGUCUUCAGACAGAAGUGUGUGUAGAGUUUGUCACACACACGUUCAUCUCAUUCAGAGAGUUUUGGUGAAGGGACGCCUGUAUCACCGCUCCUGCUUCAGAUGCAGUGUCUGCCGUCGCUCUCUGCUGCCGAUGUCUUUCACUGAACACAGUGAGACGGGGUCACUGAGGUGUAGUUACCAGUGUAAACCUGCUGGUGAACACACAGAACACACAGAACACUCACACACAAACACCUGUGAGACGGAGAGAGACAGAGGAGAGGCGGAUGGAGAGAUUGUAGAAAAGAUGAGUGAAGUAUGUCUCUCAGAUUCACCCGGAACUGACCAACAAGCUGUUUUACUCCACGAUCGACAAUCACAACAUCAGACAGACAGAAGCAGUGGAGAGACUGACAGAAACGGUGGAGAGACAGAAGGAGACAGAGGAGAGAUGGCCAGAAACGGUGGAGAGACAGACAGAAUUGGGGAAAAGACAGACAGAAAUGGUGGAAAGACAGAAAAAGACAGAGGAGAGACAGAUAGAAACCAUGGCGAGACAGACAGAAACGGAAAGCAGACAGACAGAAUCGAUGGAGAGACAGAAGGAGACAGAGGAGAGACAGAUGAAGAUGUGAGUGAUGGCCGUCUCUCCUCCUCCUCAUCAGAGUCUGAUGUACAAACACCUCCCAGACCUGCUCCAAGAAAAAGGGCGGAGCCUCAGGACCAUCCCUGCCUUGCCCCCAGAUCACAUGACCACUGCCCUGAAAACGCUCCACCUCAGAGAGCCGUGCCAAAGGAUCAUCCCUGGUUAAAGCUGGUUAAUCCGGGCCCCUGGUAUCAUCUUCCUCCAGUUCCAGUUUAUUCCCGCCACCGACCCCCGACCUUUAACCCCUUCCAGGAGGUGGAGGAGGAGGAUAAACAGCGAAACUCUGUCAGAUGUGAAACCUCAGUCUCACACAAACCCCAAACUUCAUGUUCAGCUCCCAGCAUGCAUAAGGCCACCGCUGUUCACGGUUUCCCGCUCAUCAAGAGGAAGAUUAAUUUAGACACUCGUGUAUCAGAGCAGCAGGUGUGUGUGGAGCAGCGGAAGCUGGAGGAGCGUCUGCAGGAUCUGGAGAGGAGAGGAGUUCAGCUGGAGAGAGACAUGAGGACACGCUCAGACCAGAGUCUUCUAGUGGACUGGUUCUUUCUGGUUCAUCAGAAGAGCAUGUUGGUGCGCAGAGACGCUGAGCUGAUGUACAUGCUAAAGCAGCAGCGUCUGGAGGAUGAUCAGGCUGAUGUGGAGCUGGAGAUCAGAUGCCUCUUCAACAAACCAGAGCUGGACUGGACUGAAGAGGACCGAGGUCAGGAGCAGCAGCUGAUGUCACGCCUGCUGUCAAUCAUCCAGCAGAGGAGUGACAUCAUCAGCAGCCUGGAGCUGGACAGGCAGAGAGAGCAGGAGGAGGACGAGAUGCUGAGCACCGUCAUUCAGAGGAGAGAACUGCUGACAGACACACACAGUCAACUGCAUAAAGGCAGACGGAGGUUCAAACAGCUGCAGAUCUUCCAGACGUCCAGCAGAAAGAAGAGCAGCAGAUGAUGAAGACCCUAGUAGCAAAGAAUUCUGGCCCAGAUUUGGCAUAAAGCUGGCACAGCAGGCAUUCAUCCGGCACUG